AUGCCACCCAGACUCAACCUCUUUACAGCACACAAGGCAGCGGCGGCUCUCCGCCAGCCCGCCUCAUUCGCACCUCGCAACAUCGCUUCUCCUCUCCGAUUCCGCGCCGAACAGACCGCCUCGAUUCAGACAAGAUGGAACUCGUCCAAGAGUGGCAAGAAGGUCAUUCCUCCUGAGGAGCAGAAGUUCCCGACUCAGGAUCCUCUUCCCCACGUCAGCGAAGAGGCUGCCGAGGUAGACAGAAUUAUGAGCAAAGAAAAGAGCUGCGAUGGACAACCCACCGCUCCCGAACUGGAGCAAGGAACCCCAGUCUCGGAGAUUCUUUCCCGUGACCAGGAAGCCAUGAAGCACAUGCCAAAGGUCAUGCAAGACCAGCUCAAGAAGGGCACCCGUUCGUUCUCGACCUCCGCUCGUAGCCGUCUGCCCGAGACCGAAAACUCCCAAGCGGAGGGGGAUGCAUCUGCCGCCAUGCUUGCGAGCAUGAUCCAGGGAGUGGAAGAACAGGCAGCUGAGCGGAUCCCAGGCUUGAAGUUCGCCGAGCCCGAGGCCCCGCGGGGGACAUUGAACUUCCGGAAACGCUACGAUACCAUGCAGGACCAGUUCACCAAGAUGCUGAUGCAAGAUGGCAAGCUGGCUCGCGCCCAAAAGAACAUGUCCAUCAUUCUGGAUACCCUCCGUACCUCAUCCCCUCCCAAUAUCCAAUCCCGCCGUCCUCUUCUCGGAGCUCCCCCCGCUCCGCAACUGCCUCUCGAUCCCGUUCUUUACCUCACCCUGAUCGUCGACUCGGUGGCUCCCGUAUUCCGAAUUCGUCAACAGAAGGGUAUUGCUGGUGGUGGUACUGCCGUGCAAGUUCCCCACCCCUUGACCCUGCGCCAGCGCCGUCGCACUGCCAUCAAGUGGAUUAUCGAUGGCUCGGAGAAGCGCCGUGAUGCGCACCUGGCGCACCGUGUCGCAAAUGAGCUGAUCGCGAUCGCCGAGGGCCGUAGUGGCGUGUGGGACCGGAAGGACGGGCAGCACAAGAUUGCGCAAUUGCCUGCUUGUGGCCGAUUCCCCUCCGGGCCCUCAACGACGGUGGCUACCUCCCAAAGCCGCGGAUCCAUCGAACUCACAGAUUUCAACUCUACCACCCGUCCGUUAGCUCUACGAGCUCUCGGGUCUGCAGCUGCGCGCACACAACGAUCGACGAGCGCUUCGCGGCCGUUUGAGCCAGCUGCCAGCUCACAAUCGCUUGCAGGGCUUCCAUCCGAAAAGGUCGAGGACUGGGAGAAGACUGCUUUAUCGGAACGCCCGCGGGGCUACCGCUCCUCUCGUCUCAGACUUUGGCCUGAAGCUCUUCGACGUCGAGCUCACCGUGUUGGUCCUGGUCAGGUUGAUCCUGAUCCCGAAAAACUCGCCAACAUGAAGUUUUCACACAGCAUUCAGUUCAAUGCGGUGCCAGAUUGGAGUUCGAAUUAUAUUGCGUACAGUAACCUGAAGAAACUCAUAUAUACCCUCGAGAAGCAAGUUCAUCGGCCCGAUGAACAGUCCGCCCCGGACGUUGAGUCCGCUCCGCUGUUGUCCGGCGCACAAGUGCAUAACCCGGACGGUGUGUUCAAGCGUGCCCUCGAUGCGGAACUGGGCAAGAUUUGCACCUUUUUCCAGCAAAAGCAAAGGGAGAUAUUUGAACUGACAGAUGAAUUGGUACAUGAGGGCACGGAGUAUCUUAUGCAAACAGACGGUGUCAAUAUGGAUCCUGUGAGUGAGAGUGUGGUCAAGGCGAGAACCAUGAGUACCAGCUCUCGCCCGGGAACUGGCUACAAUCAACCUCAUCGUCGCCCAUCAGGUGGCGUGAGUGACGAUGCGGAUGAUAGCGAUGACGACGCUUAUCCUCCAGUGCUCAACCCUCGCAAUCGACUCAUGCAGUCAACCGAUGGAGAGUCUACAACGGAAGACCGCGCAGGCGACAUGGCGGACUCGGCCUUCUUUGGCCUCGGAAGCAGUCGUGCGCCCCAGGAUUCUGACCUGAGUGACCAGGCUUUCCUCGAUCUGUACAAUACGGGAGUCUCGUUGAAGAAGCGUCUCGUCGAAGCCUACGUCUCUCUGUGCGAACUUCGUUCAUUCAUCGAGCUGAACAAGACUGGCUUCUCCAAGGCCUUGAAGAAGUACGACAAGACCUUGUUCCGCAAUAUGCGUCGGGAUUACCUCGGUUCAGUCGUCAACCCAGCGCUGCCAUUCACCGAGUCCACCACGUCCGCUGUUGAUGACUACAUUACUAAGGUAGAGGGUAUCUAUGCUGAAAUUGUCACCAAGGGUAGUCGGCCUUUGGCUAGCCGGGAACUGCGUCUACAUCUACGUGAGCAUGUGGUCUGGGAGCGAAAUACCGUCUGGCGCGAAAUGAUUGAGAUCGAACGCCGUGCGCAGGCCGCGAAUGUCGGUAUUCGUCGAACUCUGCUGGGUGGUGAUGAAGAUCCGGCCACGGCACGCCGCCAGGGUGACAAACAAGAAAUUCGAACUACAGAGAUUGGAACCCCCCUUGGCAGCAUACACUUCCCCACCUGGCUCUGCAGUCUCAGCUUCGGUACUCUGGUCUUCAGCUUUGCUGUCUUCGGAGCAUUGCUGGCCACGCCCAUGAUGGAGACGCCCGAACAACAGAACUGCCUUGCAAUGCUGGUUCUUGUUAGUUUUCUCUGGGCUACCGAGGCCAUCCCGCUUUUCGUGACUUCGCUGCUAAUUCCGUUCCUGGUUGUUGUGUUGGGUAUCAUGCGAUCUGAGGAAAAGCCACACAAGCGACUUGGUCCAAAGGAAUCCGUUGGCAUGGUAUUUGCAGCUAUGUGGACGCCAGUGAUCAUGCUUCUUCUGGGUGGUUUCACCAUCGCUGCAGCUCUAUCCAAAUAUGACAUUGCCCGACGCAUGGCUAUGUUUGUUCUGAGCAAGGCUGGCUCCAAGCCCAAGACCGUGCUAUUGACCAAUAUGUUUGUGAGCAUGUUCCUCAGCAUGUGGAUCAGUAACGUUGCGUCUCCCGUGCUCUGCUACUCGAUUAUCCAACCUCUUCUUCGCAACUUGUCCCCGGACUCGAACUUCGCGAAGGCGCUGGUCCUGGGUAUUGCUCUGGCGGCCAAUGUCGGUGGUGCAGCUUCGCCAAUCGCUUCACCGCAAAACAUUAUUGCUCUACAGAACAUGUAUCCCAGCAUCAGCUGGGGCACAUGGUUCUUCAUCGCGCUGCCUGUCUGCAUUAUUUCCAUCUUCCUGAUCUGGGCCCUGCUCCUGGCGACGUUCCACCCGGGACACAACACGACCAUUAUCCCCAUGCGCCCAGUCAAGGACCGUUUCACUGGUAUUCAAUACUUCAUCAGCGCCGUGACUCUCGGAACUAUCGUGCUCUGGUGCGUGAGCCACCAGCUCGAGCAUGUCUUUGGCGACAUGGGUGUCAUAGCCAUCAUUCCCCUCGUGUUAUUCUUCGGCACGGGUAUCCUGAAUAAGGAGGAUUUUAACAAUUUCCUCUGGACGAUCAUCAUCCUCGCUGCUGGUGGGUUGUGUCUUGGCAAGGCCGUCACCUCCUCUGGUCUUCUGCACACCAUCGCUGGGAGCAUCACCGAACGGGUCGAGCACCUGAGUCUGUAUAGCGUGCUCCUCGUCUUCUGCGCAUUGAUUCUUGUCAUUGCCACCUUCAUUUCUCAUACCGUUGCUGCUCUGAUCAUCCUACCUCUCGUCCGUCAGAUCGGUGUCAACAUGGAAAACCCUCACCCCAAUCUGUUGGUCAUGGCCAGUGCCUUGAUGUGUUCUGUUGCGAUGGCCCUGCCCACGAGCGGAUUCCCCAACAUGACUGCCAUCAUGACCGAAGUCCCGACAACCGGCCAGCGCUACCUUCAAGUCCGCCAUUUUAUCACUCGCGGUGUUCCAUCAAGCUUGAUGUGUUUUGUAGUGAUCGUCACCCUCGGCUAUGGACUGAUGUAUAUUGCGGGGCUAUAG